AUGCCGCCAUCCGCGGCAGAAGACGACAUGGAACAAGUCUCCGAGGAUGUGGUGUCGACCCAACAAGGCCCCGAUGUCGAAAUGGCGGAGGAACAUGACAUUACUCGCGGGCCAGAAGUCGAAGAAACGACCUCCAAGGACGAGCAGCCUCCCAGGAUGUCCUUCGUGUCAUACCUGUCGUCGCCGGUAGUCACUCUGGUUGUUGGCCAAGACGAUAGCCAGAGCCUCCUUACCGCGCAUCAGGCACUGCUCUGCAAAAGCCCGUACUUUCAGGAACUGUGCCAAAGGUUUGUUGACGACGGCAGCCCGCGGCAGAUUGACCUUUUGGAAGACGUCUCCGCCGUCGGCUCGUUCCUCGAAUUCCUCUACACCGGCGAAUACUUUCCCAGGAAGAUCCACGGACAGCGCGUCCUCGAAGUCGAUCCUGACAUGCCAAAGGUAGACGAUACAGGCGUUCAUCUACUCAAGCACGCGCGCAUCUAUACUCUCGCCGAGAAAUACGGCGUGCCCGACCUAAAGAAGCUCUCGUCGAGCAAGAUCCACUGCAUCGAUUCUACGGCCAAGGGCGAGAUUGAGUACGCGAGAUAUGUUUAUGCGCACACUACCAACGACGAUACAAAGGUCCGCGCGCCAAUUGCGAGCUUCUGGGCUACGAGGUCGCAUACCUUGCGUGCCGAGGCCGAGGGCGAGUUCAAGAGCUUGUGCUUGGAGUAUCCUCAGUUUGGUUAUGACGUCUUGACCCGCGUUUUGAAUGAAAAACUUAAGCGUGAACGAAUGGACAAGAUGCACCCUUCUGCCGGAAGCGGUCGCAAGCGUGCAAGGCACAGUAGCAGCGCCGCUGGGUCGGUUGCUCAAGGCUAA